AUGGAGCCUCUGGACAUUGUGAUCACGAUCGUGGUGUUUUGUGUCGUCGCGUACUUGUUGCUUGAAAAACGCUUCCAGUAUUGGACCGAUCGCAAUGUGCCGCAAUCAAAGCCUGAGCUGAUUUUUGGCAAUGUUCGAGAAGUAAGCAGAACCAUUCAUCUGGCUGAUAAGUUUCGUGAGAUAUACGAUGAGCUGAAAGGCAAGCAUCCGUUUGGUGGAAUGUACCUGUUCUUUAAGCCUGUCGCUCUCGUGACCGACCUAGAGCUCUUGAAGUGUAUCUUUGUGAAAGAUUUCUCACACUUUCACGAUCGUGGAACGUACUACAACGAGAAGCAUGAUCCUUUGACGGCCCAUCUGUUCAACAUUGAGGGUCAAAAAUGGAAAAACCUUCGCAACAAACUCUCCCCCACGUUCACGUCCGGCAAGAUGAAGAUGAUGUUCCCGACGAUCGUUGCUGCCGGCAAGCAGUUUAAGGACUUUAUGGAGGAAACGGUACAUCAACAAGCGGAGGUGGAACUGAAGGAUCUACUGGCACGUUUCACGACCGAUGUGAUCGGGAUGUGCGCCUUUGGUAUCGAGUGUAACAGCAUGCGUGAUCCUGAUGCUGAGUUUCGCGUAAUGGGAAGAAAAAUUUUUGCUCGUCCACGGGGAAAAGUCAAGAGUUUGAUGAUGAACUCGCUUCCAAAACUUGCUAAAUUGGUUGGCCUGCGCACGCUUGAUCCAGAUGUGUCGGACUUUUUCAUGACCGUCGUGCGGGAUACGAUCAAGUACCGGGUGGAGAACAAUGUGCAGCGAAACGAUUUCAUGGACAUUCUCAUUCGGAUGCGCAGCGAUAAGGAAACCAAGUCGGAUGAUGGUACGCUCACGUUCAACGAGAUUGCCGCACAAGCGUUUGUGUUUUUCUUGGCCGGAUUUGAAACAUCUUCCACUCUGUUGACUUUCACAUUGUACGAGCUGGCUUUGAAUCAAGCGAUACAAGAUAAAGGUAGACAAUGCGUCCGGGAGGUGUUAGAGCGCCACAAUGGCGAGUUUUCGUAUGACGCUGUCAUGGAAAUGCACUACUUGGAUCAGAUUCUCAAAGAGAGCCUUCGAAAAUAUCCACCAGUGCCAGUUCAUUUUCGCGUAACGUCAACGGAGUACCAAGUGCCGGGCACAAAAACGAUCCUAGAGGCUGGAACAUCGGUAAUGAUUCCGGUUUAUGCGAUACAUCGCGAUCCCGAACAUUUUCCCGAUCCAGACCGUUUCGAUCCAGAUCGAUUCACCCCGGAAGAGGAAGCGAAGCGUCAUCAAUAUGCGUGGACACCGUUUGGCGAGGGUCCUAGGAUAUGCGUUGGCCUUCGUUUUGGUAUGAUGCAGGCUCGAAUUGGGCUAGCUUAUUUGUUAACAGGAUUCCGUUUUACUCGAGGCGCGAAAACGCCCGUUCCGAUGAAGCUCGAUAUUAAAAGCUUCAUCCUUUCUCCCGAAGGAGGAAUGUGGCUUAAAGUUGUGAAGCUAUAA